AUGGCUUCUGAACUUGUUAAUUUUUUCAAGAGCCUCAUUGGCACUCCUGACCCUUUGGUGAAGGGAUGUUCUGUGGAAUGGCUGAAAUCCCUAUUGGAUUACUCAUUGCCUGAUGGAGCUGAUGUGUUCCUUGUUGGUGAGAUCACAGAUAAGGAGAUUAAGGAAGCACUUUUCAGACAGGGAAAGGAUAAAAGCCCAGGGCCAGAUGGUUACACUUCUUGGUUUUUCAAGGGUCGAGAUAUUGCUGAAAAUACCUUGCUUGCUCAGGAGAUUGUUAGGGGAUACUCUAGGAAGAACCUUUCUCCUAGAUGUGCUUUGAAAAUAAAUCUCCAAAAAGCUUUUGAUUCAGUUUGCUGGGAUUUCUUAUUGAAUGUUCUUGAAGCUUUGGGUUUGCCUGCCAUUUUUUGUGGAUGGAUAAAAACAUGUGUGACUACUCAUAGGUAUUCUAUUUCUUUUAACGUUCUGCUGAAUGUUGCUGCAAGGGAUGGUGUAUUUAGAUUUCAUCCAAAGUGCAAGAAAAUUUGUCUUACCCACCUUUGUUUUGUUAAUGAUUUGCUCCUGUUCUGCCAUGGGUCCCUUGAUUCUGUUAUGGGGGUUGUUAGCAUUCUUGACAGGUUUUAUGAACUUUCUGGUUUAAGAUUAAAUGCUAUGAAAUCUGAGUUUUUUGCUUGUGGGGUGUCUGUGAAUAGUCUGUUGCAGAUUCGUUUAGCUACUGGCUUUAAUAUUAGCCAGCUACCUGUUAGAUACCUAGGAGUGCCUUUGGUUACUCGAAAACUUACAAGUAGGGACUGCUUGGCUUUACUUAAUAAAAUUAAGAGCAUAAUUGAUGUAUGGUCUAGCAGGCACCUAAGCCUUGGGGGGAGACUCCAGCUUGUUAAAUGUGUUUUGUUUAGCAUUUUUGGCUAUUGGAGUAGACAACUGGUCUUGCCAAAAGGUGUUAUUAAGGACAUCAAAAAACUUUGCAUGAGGUUUUUUUGGAAGGGUAAUGAUAUUCCAGCAAAUGGGGCCAGAGUGAGCUGGAGUCAGAUUUGUUGUUUAAAAUCUGAAUGUGGUAUGGGCCUGAGGAAGUUAACUGAUUGGAGCAAGGCUUUUUGCUUUAUGUUUGUUAGGAAAAUCCUUGUUGAUGAUGGUUCCUUGUGGAUUGCAUGGAUCAAAGGUUACUGCUUCAAAACUAUGGAUUAUUGGAAUGUUGAUUGCAAAAAUCAUUUUAGCUGGAUUCUCAGAAAAUUGCUAAAGCUAAGGGAUGAAGCUAGGAGACUGUUUUGGCCUGCUAUCAAUUUGACAUAUAUCAAAGGUGGUUGGAUAUGGGAUAGUGUUCGUGAAAGGAGGGACAAGGCUGCCAACAAAGGACAGAUUGGCAUGGUGACUGAUAACGUAUGUGGGUUAUGUGGUGCUGGACAGGAAUCCCGUAAUCAUCUCUUCCUGGAAUGUUCUUAUGCAACAGAGGUUUGGGGCGCUAUUUUGCGUGCUUGUGGACUCCAGCUUUAG